GCGGUGAUGGAUGGGGCUGUUGGUUGAUGCUGGUGAAUGAAGAAUGGCGUUCAUCCAAUGACGGUCUCGAUCAAUGUCUCGAUCACUCGCUUACUCGCCGACUCGCCGGUCCUCCACCCGCUGGAGCCGGCAAUACACGUCUCAGUCACCAUGCCGGCGUACCACUCGAAGCAGAACGACAUUGACGCGCGUACUCUCUGCUCGUGCUCCAUCCUGCCGCUGCGGUCGGAGGUCCGCGGCCCGGCCCCGCGUACUACCGACCACGACAUCAUCGAUGAGGUGCUCCGGUACUGGAAGGCCAACAUCUUUUUCAAGAACUACGACAUCCAGGGCCCGGCUGACCGUGUCCUCAUCUACCUGACGCUUUACGUCUCGCAGUGCCUCAAGGAGCUCUUCCGCAACAAGACGAAGAAGGACGGCGUCAAGGCCCUGUACACGCUCUCGCUCAGCAACUUUAACAUCCCUGGCGACGCGCAGUUUGAGCUCGGCGGCUUCUUCUCAGCUCCCGAGUCGCGGGCCGAGGCCGACGAGAUCCGCGCCUACUUUACCCAGCUCCGCCAGGAGCUCGGCAUCCGGCUCGUCGAUCUUGUGUACCCGGACGAGACGUCGCCGGCGUCCAAGUGGUGGAUGUGCUUCAAGAGCCGCAAGUUCCUCAACAUUGCGCUCAAGUAAGCAAGACGCAGGAGAUAAAGCGAGUGUGAUGUG